AUGCCGUUCGCCACCACGGCCACGAUGGCCGGCGCCGCCAUGGGUUUCGGGACGCAGCUGUUCAUCAACGCCCUUCGCAAGCUCCCGCUCUUGCGCAACCCGUGGGAGCAUGUGCUGUGGACCGGCGGGGGGGUCUGGGCCGCGAACGCGAUGGCGGAGUGGGAGGUGAAACUCACGGAGGAGGUCAAGGCGAUGCAGGCGGAGAGGCAAGCCGCGAACGCUCGCUUCAUGGAGUCCAUCAAGUCGUCCAAGGAGUGA